GGUCGGGAGACCACGUCGAAGGUUAUUCUAACUAUAGUUUGGUUGGAGCACGGUAGGGUUUGGUUUGGUAGGAGUGGAGAAACAACGAGGGCAUCCUCCAUCUUCAACCUUCUACCUUUGACCUCUAUUCGCCUCGAUUCCACCUCCUAAUGGAUCCAUUGUUGCUUUUGUAAUUGGAUCUGAGAUGCAGACGCAACGGAUUGCCGAGAUCCCACACGCGGGCGCGGACAAGCGCCCGCGGAAGAGGCAGAGGCUUGGUUGGGAUGUUCCGCCUCCGAUUCCACCUCCCCAGAUUUCUCUGUCAUUCUACUGUGGGAAGGAAGCUAUGCACACGGCUACUACUAAUCAGUUCUGGCAAUCUUUCUACCAUACUGGAGUUCCUCGAUAUGUAUCUCCGCCUUGGAGGGGAGACGACAAAGAUGGCCAUUAUAUUUUCAGUGUCGGCGAGAAUUUGACACCCAGAUACAGGAUACUAAGCAAAAUGGGUGAAGGAACAUUUGGACAAGUUCUUGAAUGUUUGGACUUGGAAAAUCAAGAACAAGUUGCUAUAAAAGUGGUGCGUUCACUUCAGAAGUACCGUGAAGCUGCGAUGAUUGAAAUUGACGUGCUCCAAAGGCUUGCAAAAGCAGACAGAAGUGGCAUUCGUUGUGUGCAAAUACGGAAUUGGUUUGACUAUCGUAAUCAUAUUUGUAUAGUCUUCGAGAAACUUGGGCCAAGCUUAUAUGACUUUCUUCGGAAAAAUAGUUAUCGCUCAUUCCCCAUUGAUUUAGUCCGGGAACUAGGGAGACAACUUCUGGAGUCUGUUGCAUUUAUGCAUGACUUACGGCUAAUUCACACUGAUUUGAAGCCAGAGAACAUCCUUCUUGUCUCCCCUGAAUAUAUUAAAGUUCCUGAUUACAAGAUUUUAUCUCGUUCUCCUAAGGAUGUUCUUUUGUUCAAAAAUGUUCCAAAAUCGAGUGCCAUUAAGUUGAUUGACUUUGGAAGCGCAACAUUUGAACAUCAGGAUCACAAUUAUGUAGUGUCAACUAGGCAUUAUCGCGCACCUGAGGUUAUUCUUGGACUUGGGUGGAACUAUCCCUGUGAUAUGUGGAGUGUAGGUUGCAUAAUUGUUGAGCUUUGUUCGGGGGAGGCACUUUUUCAAACUCAUGAAAACUUGGAGCAUUUAGCUAUGAUGGAGAGGGUAUUAGGACCACUUCCACAGCACAUGGUUGUUAAAGCCGAUCGGAAUGCUGAGAAAUAUUUCAAGCAAAGUCGAGGAUUACGAUUAGACUGGCCUGAAGGGGCAUCGUCAAGGGAAAGCAUUAGAGCAGUUUGGAAAUUGCCUCGCCUUCAGAAUCUAGUCAUGCAGCAUGUUGAUCAUUCUGCUGGUGAUUUGAUUGAUCUUCUGCAAGGACUUCUCCGUUAUGAUCCAACUGAGCGUCUAGGGGCACGAGAAGCCCUCAUGCAGCCAUUCUUUAAUCGAGAAUGGAGAAGAUAUGGCCAUUCUUUGAACUAGAGGCUUUGGCCUUAUUUUUUAAAUCAAGUUUGUACAAAAAUUAUCAAAUGGUUGAGGUUGAAGCUGAGCAGGUGUUGGCUAGGAAUUACUUCUGUACAGGGAAAAGUUGUACUAAGAAUGAAUUUGUCAGGAUUGAAUAAUACAAUUCAAUUGCUCCCUGUUUGCAUUAUGUCAA